AUGUCUCUAUGGCUUCCCCGUCCUCACCCGCGCGCUCUAGCUCGACAGAAUCUACGCCUAUUAUACAACUCUAAUCCCGCUCAUGCCAACGCCGUUUCUGCGUCAGUCCUGCUGGCCCACCGGCUGGUGCGCCUAGAGUCAACUUCAUCGCAAGCCGUGUCCUCUGCACGUGCGGCGACGGGUGUCGAGGAUCCAGCGAAGAACGGGAAGCCCGCGCCACAGCCGCCAGCACCGAAGGAGCCUAAGGAUAUCGGCGAGCCGCAGAAGCCGCUCAUGACCCGCGUUUGGGCGAAAGUCAAGCAUGAGGCCCAGCACUACUGGCACGGCUCGAAGCUUCUGGCGAAGGAGGUUCGAAUCUCGACUAGGCUGCAAUGGAAGAUUCUGCAUGGCGAAUCGCUCACUCGCCGCGAGCGUAGGCAGCUUAAGCGCACAACGCAGGAUCUGUUACGCCUGAUUCCGUUCGCGGUGUUCGUUGUAGUGCCGUUUAUGGAGUUCCUGCUUCCGGUUGCGCUCAAGCUGUUCCCGAACAUGCUUCCUUCGACGUUCGAAGACAAGUAUGCGGCGGACGAGAAGGCACGUAAGCUACUUCGUGUGCGCCUCGAGAUGGCAAAGUUCUUGCAAGAGACGCUCCGCGAGUCUGGUCUCAAGGCGAAUGCCCACAUCGUUGGCAGCGACGAGUUCAAGGAGUUCUUCAGGAAAGUUCGUUCGACCGGCGAGUCGCCUUCCACUGAGGACAUUGUCAAGGUGGCCAAGUUAUUCGACGACGACCUCACACUCGACAACCUUUCGCGCCCGCAACUUGUCAGUAUGUGUCGAUACAUGGGUCUCAACGCCUUCGGCACGGACAACUUCCUCCGCGGCGCCAUUCGCUCUCGGCUUGCACAACUUAGGCGCGACGACAACGCAAUCUUCUCUGAGGGCAUUGACGCGCUGAGCACGUCCGAACUCCAGAAUGCUGCCCAGUCUCGUGGUAUCCGCGCAUACGGCGUCAGUCCCGCACGUCUGCGGGAGGAGCUCGCCACUUGGAUCAACCUGCAUCUCCACCACCGCGUUUCCGGCGUUCUGCUCGUUCUCGGGCGUGCUUUCGAGUACGACCGCCCGGCCGGUCGCGACAGUGAGGGCAAGGCGGCUGUCAUUCGCUCGUUGGAGCACGUACUCAGCGGCCUUCCUGACAACCUGUUGAACGAGGCUGAGCUUGAGGUUGAGGCGGACAAGGCCAGCAACAAGCAGCGGCUCGAGGUUCUUCAGCAACAGGAGGAGCUCAUCGAAGACGAGCAGGAGCAGGAGCAGAAGGAAGAGGAGGCUCGCCGGGCCCAGCGCGCGGCUGAGGAGCGCAAGAAGCAGGAGGAGGAAGCGCGCCUCGCCGAAUCUCUUCUGCCUGAUAGCGAGCUUCACCCGCCUGAGGAGGCGCCUGCAGUUGAGGACGCACGCAUGACCACGGAGCAGCUCAAGGAGCUUGCCGAGGUGCUGUCCGUUCUGAGCGCCAAGUCAUCGGUCAUCAAGGAGCGCGACGAGCUCGCGGCGCUGAUGGCCGAGAAUGAGGGCACUGCUGCUGCGGAGGAUCCGAAGAGCGCGCAGGCGGCACUCGUCAAGCGUGUCAGGAGCAUGCUCACGAAGAUCGACAAGCAGCUCGAGGAGUACGACGCGCGCGUGGGCAACUCGCUCCAGAUGGUUGCAUGCGACCCACAAGGAAGGAUUCCUAUCCGCGACGUCGAGAAGGCUCUCAAUGUUAUCAAGCAUAAGCCUGAAGAGGACGUCGUGAAGAACGUCAUUGAGAAGCUCGACGCGGACAAGGACGGGUUCGUAGAGCUCGAGCAUGUUCUUACGCUGGCGCGCGAUGAGGGUCUUGGUAUCGUUAUUGACAAUGAUAAGGAGGCACAAAACAUCCUUGGGCAGGGAAGGGAGCUCAAGGAUGCGCGUCCGCGCAAGGAGGAGAUCGUUCAGGACAGGGAGUAG